CCGUGACGAGCCCAAACCUGAGGAGAGCACUCUCUGAUCCCAUAUAUCUACCGGAAAACUGAAUGAACAGCGGUUGAACAAGAUCCCGUUUAAGUUAACAUCGUUUUGCUGAUCCCGCAUUACCGUCAGGAAGUCUGUUUGGUAAAAGCUGAAGAGAAGAGAUCAAAUUCAGAAAUGGAGUCUCCGCAAGCUGGAUCCGAGAGAGAUAAAUCCAAAUCUUCGUCGUCAUCUCCGAUCCCUGUUGUCUCCAGCUUCUGGAAAGAUUUUGACUUAGAGAAGGAGAAAUCUAUAUUGGAUGAACAAGGGCUCCGGAUUGCAGAAAACCAGGAAAACAGUCAGAAAAAUAGGCGGAAGCUUGCAGAGAGCACUAGAGAUUUUAAGAAAGCUUCGCCUGAGGAAAAGUUAGGUCUGUUUAAUACCUUGCUUAAGGGCUAUCAAGAAGAGGUGGAUAAUCUUACUAAGAGGGCCAAAUUUGGAGAAAAUGCUUUUCUUAACAUCUAUCAAAAGCUUUAUGAGGCUCCUGAUCCUUAUCCGGCUCUUGCAUCAAUUGCUGAGCAAGAUCUCAAAUUGUCUGAGCUGGAAUCUGAAAAUCGGAAAAUGCAAGUUGAGCUUGAAGAAUUCAGGACAGAGGCAACUCACUUGAAGAAUCAACAGGCUACAAUACGAAGACUUGAAGAAAGAAAUCGUCAAUUAGAACAGCAGAUGGAAGAGAAAAUAAAAGAAGUUGUUGAAAUUAAGCAACGGAGUCUGGCAGAAGAGAACCAGAAAACGUUGGAAGCUAUAAAAGAGAGAGAACAAUCAUUACAAGAACAGUUGCGGCAAGCUCAAGAAAGUGUUUCCAAUAUGCAGAAAUUACAUGAACUUGCACAAAACCAGUUGUUUGAAGUCCGUGCUCAAUCAGAUGAAGAGAGGGCUGCUAAGCAAUCGGAGGUCAACCUUUUAAUGGAUGAAGUUGAGCGGGCACAAAUGAGACUUCUUAGUUUGGAGAGAGAGAAGGGAGUUCUCCGGUCUCAGCUACAAUCAGCAAAUGAGGAGACUGAAACUAAGAAAAGUGACAAUUUAGAUUCAAAUAGAAUGCUUGAGAAUUCUUUAAAUGCCAAAGAGAAGCUGAUCUCUGAGUUGAACAUGGAACUGCACAAUAUCGAAACAACCUUAUCAAAUGAGAGGGAGGAACACAGGAAUGAUAUCAAGAAAUUGACUGCAAUGCUCAAUGAAAAGGAGGCUGCUCUCGAACAGAUGAAGAAAGAGCUUCAUGCGAGACCAACAGCAAAAAUGGUUGAUGAUUUGCAGAAGAAAGUGAAAAUUCUACAGGCAGUAGGUUAUAAUUCGAUUGAGGCUGAAGACUGGGAUCUGGCUACAAGUGGGGAAGAGAUGAGCAAGAUGGAAUCUCUUCUUCUUGACAAAAAUCGGAAAAUGGAGCAUGAACUGACACAAUUGAAGGUCAAACUUUUUGAGAAAACAUCUUUAUUGGAGGAAGCAGAACAUAAGAUAGCAGAACUUACAGCAAAGGUUCACGAACAACAAAAAUUGAUACAGAAGUUGGAAGAUGAUAUAUUGAAGGGUUAUAAUUCUAAGGAUCGUAAAGGACCUUUUCCUGAUGAUUGGGAUCUUUCAGAGGCUGGUGGGGGUGAAGCAACUGAGACUACAGAUCCGAGGCAUGUAACCUCGGAGCAGGACCAGAGCUCAAUGCUUAAAGUAAUUUGUAACCAAAGGGAUCGAUUUAGAACACGUUUGCGAGAGUCAGAAGAGGAAGUGAGGCAGUUGAAAGAGAAGAUUGGAGUACUAACAGUGGAACUGGAAAAGACCAAAGCUGAUAACGUAAAGCUGUACGGGAAGAUUCGUUAUGUCCAAGAUUACAAUACUGAGAAAGUGGUUUCUAGGGGUUCCAAAAAGUAUGCGGAAGAUCUUGAAAGUGGUUUCACUUCAGAUGUUGAAUCUAAAUACAAGAAGAUAUACGAAGAUGACAUAAAUCCUUUUGCAGCAUUCUCAAAAAAGGAAAGGGACCAAAGAUACAAAGAACUAGGAUUCAGGGACAGAAUCACGCUCAGCAGUGGACGUUUUCUUCUUGGCAACAAGUAUGCCCGAACUUUUGCUUUCUUUUAUACCAUCGGUUUGCAUAUUCUGGUCUUCACCUGCCUUUAUCGAAUGUCAGCUCUGAGCUAUCUUAGUAAUGGCUCAGAGGAAACCCUGGUUGGCGAAAAUUUAACUAAUCUUCCACAUGCACUCUAAUUGGUAUGCGGCUCUCAUUUUGUGGCCAUUGCUGAAAUGAAGGGGGCUUAAUGUUAAUAUUCUAAUAAUAGUUAUCAAAUAUACUGUACAUAUUGAUCAUUGUUACUACCGAUAGUGGUGUUUGUCAAUACAAACUCAGAUGUGCAAUGAUAAGUAAUGUUCAAUUUUAAAUUCUUUUCAUUGUUCAAGUAAAAAA